AUGGCACCGUUUACUGAAUAUUUACGACCCAUCCUUAAGAGCCUUCGAAGCGACGAUGACUCCUUCGACAGGCUAAACCACAGGUACUCGGCGGCGGUCCUGCUCGUGUUUGCCCUUUUGACCACCAUGAAGCAGUACGUCGGCGAGCCUAUUCUUUGCUGGGUGCCAGGUAGAUUCACAGGAGCAAUGGAAGACUAUACGAACGCCAUGUGCUGGAUUUCAAACACCUACUGGGUUCCGUUUGAAACAAGAAUUCCCAAUCCAGACGACCCCAAGCCGCAUAUUGCCUACUAUCAGUGGGUUCCCAUUGUCCUCCUUCUGCAGGCUUUGCUUUUCAAAUUACCUUGUGUUGCCUGGCGGCUGCUAAGUUACAAUUCAGGAAUAGACAUCCAGGCCAUGUUCAAAAAGCUAGAAAGAGACGAGAUCAUAGAGCACAAGAAAAUGAAGAGCAACGUUAAAGAGGUAACCCGUUAUUUAGCGCGUUAUCUAGACGCUACCCGAGACCAGCCCCACGGAUGCUGCGCCUGGGCCCGUCGUAUAAUGAGUAGCUAUCUUUGCGUGUGUGUAGGGAAACGCAGAGGAAAUUAUCUCUACAUGUUGUUCUUAUGGAUUAAGAUUUUGUACAUGGUGAACGGUCUUGGUCAGAUGUUUCUCCUAAACGCGUUUCUUGGCACACAAUUUACCAUGUAUGGCUACCAAAUAAUAGAAGAUCUCAUAAACUGGAGGGACUGGACGGAAACGGGACGGUUCCCCAGAACAACAUUAUGUGACAUCAAAAUACGCGAAUUGGGGGGCAACAUACACCGCCACACCAUUCAAUGCGGACUGCCUAUUAACUUCUUCAACGAGAGGAUCUACAUGUUCCUCUGGUUUUGGCUAGUGUUUGUGUCAGCUGGAACAAUAUUUGGGUUCUUUACAUGGAUGAGUCUCUUCUCGGUCAAUGAACGGAAAGUGUUUGUGAAGAAAACGAUUUCCAUGACCGGCAAAGGCGACUCCAUUGAACAGAACCGAGACACUAAACGGUUGAAAAACUUCGUUACCAAAUAUUUGAGAAUGGACGGGGUGUUUGUGCUAAAACUUCUUGCCAAGAACACUAGCGAUGUCGUGAUUUCCAGAGUGGUGUAUAGCCUAUGGAAGAGAUAUCUGAAACGCCACAAAGAACUCCAGCCUGAUGGGUUGCCACUAACUCCAAAAGCAAACGACGCUUCCAGUCCCAGCGCUCCACCAACUGAUGCAGACGACAGUGAACCUCCUAAAGGCCUUUGA